CUGUUGCAUUUUCAACAAAAAACUUUUUCGAAUACUUAUUUUCAAUAAAUUCACAUACAAAGAAAUUUUUUGUAUUGAUUUGUAACAGAAAUUAAUUGAUUUUAACUUUUUUAAAGCUUUCAUACGCUAAUGGACAACCAAUAUUAACUUAAUGGGUGUUGUCACCUGUCACAUUUGUAUUGUUUAUUUAUAAAAAAUGUGUUAUUUACUUCGUCUUUACUUCCAAUUGCAUCGUAAUUAACAUUGUUAAUUAUUCCGCCAUUUUACUGCAGUGCCCCCAGGUAAUUACUUUCACUUUUAGUUGUUUUUUGUUCAAUUAACCUCAACAUGUUGACAAAUGCAAGAGCCCAAUUAUCAACCGAUAAGAUGCUUUUAUCACGGACUAGACUUUUAACAUCUCAAAGAACGCUCAAGGGGCUGUACAAUCACUUCACACCGACUCUCACCAUGUCUCACGUCGCAGCCCCCCAACAGACUCAAACACUGCCCCACUUACCGGUCCCCAAGUUGAGCCAAACUCUGGAAAAGUAUCUAAAAUCAGUUGAGCCAUUCUUGAACGAGUCUGAAUUAAACAAUACGAGGAAAGUGGUCUCUCAGUUUGAAAGUGGUCUUGGGCCUAAAUUACAAAAAUUAUUAGUGGAAAAAGCGCAAGAAACGGAUAAUUGGUUGGCGGAUUGGUGGCUCACGACGGCUUAUUUGGGGUACAGAGACCCUGUGGUGGUUUACUCAAGCCCAGGACUGGUUUUCCCCUUUCAAAAAUUCAAUUGCGAGGAGCAGAGACUCGAGUAUGCAGCUAAGUUGAUUGCGGGGGCCCUCAGCUACAAGGAAUUGAUCGAUAGUGGGAAAAUGCCGGUUGAGAAAAUGGGAAAGGACCCACUUGAUAUGAAUCAGUAUAAGAAAAUUUUUGGGACUUGCAGGAUUCCGGGUGUUAAACUUGACCAUUUGGAAUACAACCCACAAUCAAGACAUGUAGUCAUUGUCAGAAAUAAUAACUUUUUUAAACUCCAAGUUAUCAAUGAAUGUGGGAAAAUGCUCAAUACUGGUGAAAUAAUCAGUUGUUUGAGCGAUAUUGUCAAAGAGUCAGAGCAAGUGGGCCCCCCUGUUGGCAUCCUGACGACUGAAAAUCGAAACAAUUGGGGGAGAGCCUAUCAAAACCUCACCCUAGAUGUGACAAGUUUAAAAUCAGUUCGAGAAAUUCAAACUUCGCUCUUUUUGGUUUGUUUGGAUAAAGCAUUACCGAAUUGUGGGGAAAAUGAAAGAAUUACAGCAAGUAAACAAUUUAUACAUGGGGGAGGCUCUAACGCGAAUUCCGCCAACAGGUGGUUUGAUAAAACUGUUCAAUUUAUCGUGAGUGAAGAUGGUUGUGUGGGGUUAACAUACGAGCACUCGCCAAGUGAAGGACAACCAAUUGCAGUCAUGACUGAUUACAUUGUUGACUACAUUAAAAAUGAUACGUCAAUCCACCAUCCCGAUGUGAGGUUUAAUGGUGAUCCAGAAAAGUUGACUUUUAAUAUCGAUGACAACGUCCAAAAGGCUAUAAACUGUGCAAAUGCGAAUCUUGACAAACUUGCGGCCAAUUUGGAUUUGGAUUCAUUCCAGUUUAAAUGUUAUGGAAAAGAGUUCGUCAAGUCACAGAAAAUGAGCCCCGAUAGUUUUAUCCAAAUUGCGAUUCAGUACGCCUUUUUCAGGAUUCACCGAGUCCCGGGGGCUCACUACGAGUCCGCAGCCACCCGGAAAUACAUCCACGGUCGCACAGAAACCAUUCGUUCGUGUUCGAACGAAUCGGUCGCGUUUGCAAAAGUCAUGUUGAAUGAAUGUAAAUCCGAUAAUGAAAAAGUAGCAGCAUUGAAAGAGGCCGUCAAUGCGCACAAAAAAUACUCAAUUGAGGCUGUGAACGGUUUUGGGGUGGACAGACACCUCCUCGGUUUGAAACUCACAGCGAUUGAGAAUAAUUUGCCGAUUCCGGAUUUGUUUAGUGACCCUUCGUACACGCGAAGCACUCAUAUGAGGCUGUCAACGAGUCAAGUGGCCACAAAAUGUGAUGGUUUCAUGUGUUAUGCACCACUCGUGCCUGAUGGUUAUGGUUGUUGUUACAAUCCGAGAGCGAAUGAUAUGAAUUUCGGUGUUUCGGCAUUUGUGGAGCAUCCAGAUACCACAGCGACACGGUUUCGUGAAGCACUGGAAAUGAGUUUGCAAGAUAUGCAUGACGUAUUGGCUAAAACGCAAAAAUCGAAAUUGUGAUCUAAUAAAUUUGUAUUUGUUUUUUUAUUAAGAUAAAAAUUACUAUGUAUAAAACAAAGGUUACACUUAUUAAGUCUACUUGAAUGAAAGAUACUGAGUUUUA